CACUAGCCCAUUUUAUUUUAUUUUUGUCUUUCUUCUCUCUGAAACAUCACCGAAGGCGAAGAAGAGAAGGAAACAUCCGCAAAUUCGAAAUGGCGUCGAUUCUGGGUGAUUUGCCUUCCUUUGAUCCUCACAAUUUCAGUCAACAUCGUCCCUCCGAUCCUUCUAAUCCCUCUAGGAUGGUUCCAACUACUUAUCAUCCUACUCACAACCGUACACUACCACCACCAGAUCAAGUGAUAACUACCGAAGUCAAAAACAUACUUAUACGCAGCUUCUAUCAACGAGCUGAAGAAAAGUUGAGACCAAAGAGACCGGCUUCAGAGCAUCUGGCGGGUGAGCACGGGAACAAGCAUUUCCGUGCUUCAUCAUCUACUCAGGGAUUAUAAAAGCUUUCAACCCUAUAAUAGUCAUGUUGUAUGAGUCUUUUGUUAGUGUUCUUAUUAGUGGGUUGUUUACAAAGUGAAUGCCUUUAAUGGUAGAAAAAAAGAUAAGAGCAGCUCUUGUAACAGGAUUGUAGAGAAAAUGUGUAUCCUGAAACAGAGUGUUCCUCAUAGACUUUGGUGGAAACAUGCUGUUUGUAUUUUCCUGUACAGUUACAUUCAAAUAUUCCUUUUGAAAA